GGGUUCCGAGUGCAAAGCAAAGUUUUUUUGUAAACCGUCUGCAAAGGCGGGGGGGCGAAGAAGGCGCCCGAUACCGGGCCGAGUGCAGCUGCUGUGGCCGCCGCCUCUUUAGCUCUUCAGGCGUUGGCUCCUCGGUCCGAGCGACCCCGGAGGGAGACCAGCGAGGGGAAGACCUGCGCGGAGAGCCCUCAGAUGCUUGGAGCCUUUGCAGCGCGGAGCUGCUGGUCGCCCGCCCCCGCCGCUCGCCUGCUCCUGCUCCGGCUCUCCGUCCGCGGGCUCCGGGAGCCCCAGCUCCCCGCCGCCGCCGCCGCCCGCUCUAGGUGUGGGGGCUACUGGGGCUGAGUCGGGCCUCCGCGCCGGCUCCGAGGACGGACGCCUGAGGAGCAACGCGCCGCCGGCCCGCCGGGGACGCCCGCAGGCGCGGGGGCUCGGCGGCUUGACCCCGGGCUCGCCCCUGUCCGGCCAACGAGGCCCAACGGCAGACUCCCGAGCGGCCCGGCUCAGGCGGUGAGAGCCCCGCGCCGCCCUCCCUCCGUCGCCGGGUCGCCGGCCCUCGGCGCCUCGCCGCCGCCGCCUCACGAGUGUCCGGGCCGCGCUCGGCGGGCUCCUGAGCCGCAGCCAUGGGGUGCUGGGGUCGGAACCGGGGCCGGCUGCUGUGUAUGCUGAUACUGACCUUCAUGUUCAUGGUCCUGGAGGUGGUGGUGAGCAGGGUGACUUCGUCGCUGGCGAUGCUCUCCGACUCCUUCCACAUGCUGUCGGAUGUGUUGGCGCUGGUGGUGGCGCUGGUGGCCGAGCGCUUCGCCCGGCGGACCCACGCCACCCAGAAGAACACCUUCGGCUGGAUCCGGGCCGAAGUGAUGGGGGCUCUGGUGAACGCCAUCUUCCUGACCGGCCUCUGCUUCGCCAUCCUGCUGGAGGCCAUCGAGCGUUUCAUCGAGCCGCACGAGAUGCAGCAGCCGCUGGUGGUCCUCGGGGUCGGCGUGGCGGGGCUGGUGGUCAACGUGCUGGGGCUCUGCCUCUUCCACCAUCACAGCGGCUUCGGCAACGACUCCGGCCACGGCCACUCACACGGGGGGCACAGCCACGGCCUCCCCAAGGGGGGCCGCGGCAAGAGCACCCGCACCGGGGGUAGCGACAACAGGGCCCCAGGUGAACAGGGUCCCGACCAGGAGGAGACCAACAUCCUGGUGGCCAAUAGCAGCAACUCCAACGGGCUGAAACUGGACCGGACAGAUCCAGAAAAGUCCAGAAAUGAUGCAAUGGAAGUACAAGUGAAUGGGAAUCUUAUCAGAGAACCUGACCAGGUGGAAUUGGAAGAUGAUGAUGAUAAGGCUGGACAGCUUAACAUGCGUGGAGUUUUUCUGCAUGUCUUUGGAGAUGCUUUGGGUUCAGUGAUUGUAGUAGUAAAUGCCUUAGUCUUUUACUUUUCUUGGAUGGGUUGUCCUGAAGGGGAGAUGUGUGUGAACCCAUGUACCCCUGACCCCUGCAAAGCAUUUGUAGAAUUAAUUAAUAGUACUCAUGCGACAGUUUCUGAGGCUAGUCCUUGCUGGGUGCUAUAUUUAGAUCCAACUCUUUGUAUUGUAAUGGUUUGUAUACUUCUUUACACAACUUAUCCAUUACUUAAGGAGUCUGCUCUUAUUCUUCUCCAAACUGUUCCUAAACAAAUUGAUAUCAAAAAUUUGAUAAAAGAACUUCGAGAUGUUGAAGGAGUUGAGGAAGUUCAUGAAUUACAUGUUUGGCAACUUGCUGGAAGCAGAAUCAUUGCCACUGCUCACAUAAAAUGUGAAGACCCGACAUCAUACAUGCAGGUGGCUAAGAUCAUUAAAGACGUUUUCCAUAAUCACGGAAUUCAUGCUACUACCAUUCAGCCUGAAUUUGCUAGUGUAGGCUCUAAGUCAAGUGUAGUCCCAUGUGAACUUGCCUGCAGAACUCAGUGUGCUUUGAAGCAAUGUUGUGGGACACGGCCACAAGCCCAAUCUGGAAAGGAUGCAGAAAAGGCCCCAACAGUUAGCAUUUCUUGUUUAGAACUUAGUGACAAUCUAGAGAAGCAGCCCAGGAGGACUAAAGUUGAAAACAUCCCUGCUGUUGUGAUAGAGAUUAAAAAAAUGCCAGAUAAACAACGUGAAUCAUCUUUGUGAGUCUUGGAAAAGAUGUGAUAUUUGACUUUUGCUUUAAACUGCAAGAGGAAAAAGACUCCAUUGAAAUUCUAUGUUUGCCAAGUAGUGUAAUUGAAGUCCUUGUCUGGUCACACAGUUUAAUUCUAUUUUUGUAAGAACAUAAUGGGACUGCUUAACAGAGUUCUAUAUUACAACUUUGUGAUUAUUAGUGCAGAGUACAGCUAUGCUGUAACAGUUUUGGAAAGCCAGUUUUAACACUAUGUUACAUUUUUGUUUAAAGUAUAAACCUUAUAUAACAUUUGAUUUCCAGUUUUUCCAUGGUAAAAACUUAAUUAGGGGGAUAAAUAAAUUAAAAUUGUUACUGGAAUUUCUCUGCUUUUCUUUUCCCCCAGUGUUAUAUUUUGUUUAUUAGAAUUAUAAAUGCUGGAACUUUAAAAAUCAUCAACAGGUUUGUUUCUUUUGACAUUUUAUGUAAUAUUUUCUUGCCCUUUGAGAUCAUUGCAUAGCAUAAUGGCAACAUAUUUUAAGAAUGACUCAUGAAAAUUAUUAGGAAAAGUUCCUUUUUUUCUUCUUCACAUGGGGGUAUUUAUGAUACUGAAGAUCAGUUACUAUUCUGUAUCUUAUAUUGCUGAGUAUUAUUCUAAUAAAUAGUGAAAUAAUUAACAAAUUGAACUGUAGCAUACAUAUAAUAGGGCAUAUGGGGAGUAAGAGCAGGGAAGAAAGUUUACCAAAUUAAAUAUUUAGAUUCUUGUGUGUUAAUAUUCAGACUACAUUUCUAAAUUAUUCUGAGAAUUUUAACCUUUUUUUUUUUUUUUUUAAAGAAAAACAUGGUCUAAAACAUGGACAUGUUCACCAGCAUUACUUUCUUUGAAAGAUUGGCAUUGGGAACAUUGAGUUGAAAGUUUACUCAUAAAAUAUAUAUAGUAAAUAUUUUUAAGGACAUUAAAUUUAAUCUAAUAACUUACAUGUUAAAUGAAAGCUUAUUAAUCUAAUCUUUUAAACUGUGGGUUUUAAAAAUAACUUCAGAGUUAGUCAUUUCACAGUGACCAAUCAUGAAUGGAUUCAAACAGCUUUUUGAGCCCAACCAGCAAUGCCUGUGCUCUGCCAAGAGCCAUUGACUUGGGAGAAAAAUGGAAUCUGAAGGUUAAUGCAGUUUGGAUAUUAAAUUCUCAAAAAGCAAAGUUAGUUAAGGCACAAUUAAUAAUUGAGAUUCUAUAAGUCAUUCUGUCUUGACAUUGCUCAGAUCUUCCAAUAGUAGCUUAUUUUGCAAGAUGCCAUAAUAUCUACACAGGAAAUUGUUCUUAGCUAUUUCAUUGUUGGUAUGGAUUCCAAAUCCAUACACAAAUACUAUUUAAGGGUAUUUAAGUUAUAUUUUUCUUGAUAGGGAGGGGUUAUGCUUUGUGAAGAAACUAGAUUUUUGUCCUCAAAAGGAUGGAUAUUAAUAUCAGUUAUCAUGUAUAGCUCUAUUUUUCUAGAAACGAGGUAUCCUGACUACUUUAGUAACUUUUAUAGCUGACUACUUUUGGGAUGGCUACCUUUUGGGAUUUGAAAUAAUUCAUUAUCUAAUGGGUCUUAAGAUGAAAAUGGUGACAUUUGACAGUUAACUUUUUAAAGGGAUGAUCUUUUGUGGUAGGUGGUGUGUUUUUUUCCUAGUAUAAGCCUAUUGCUGGCAAUGGGCCUAUUUAAGAAAACCCGAUUUUUCCAGUGAGAAUGAGGUAAUUUUAGGAACACAGUUUGUAAGUUCACAUUUGCUAUAAUGGGCCAAAACCAUAACCUGCCAAUUUGCAAUACAUAUUUAUCAUUUAAUACUUUUCUCUGAUAUUGUGUAUUUCAAUUCCUAAACUGGUAGUUACUUUGAAUUUUGCAAACAUUUUUUUAAAACAUGAAAUUGGGGGAUCUCAUGGGUGAACAAGAGAAAGCUUCAAAUUGUAUCAUGUACAUUCCUGAUUUAACACUUUACAAAACCAUUUUUUUUUUAAAUUUAUUUAAUUUAUUUAUUUGGCUGCGUUGGGUCUUCAUUUCUGUGCAGGGGCUUUCUCUAGUUGCGGCAAGCGGGGGCCACUCUUCAUCGCGCUGCGUGGGCCUCUCACUGUCGCGGCCUCUCCUGUUGCAGAGCACAGGCUCCAGACGCGCAGGCUCAGUAGCUGUGGCUCACGGGCCCAGUCACUCCGCAGCAUGUGGGAUCUUCCCAGACCAGGGCUCGAACCCGUGUCCCCUGCAUUGGCAGGCAGACUCUCAACCACUGCGCCACCAGGGAAGCCCUACAAAACCAUUUUUUGAAGAUCUCAAAACAGUUUAUGUUACAGAAACAUGUCAGUAAUGAUACAAAAGGAUAACUGGUAAAAUAUAUUACAUUCAAUGAGGUUUUCUUUACAAUGCUCUGUUGGGUCUAUUUCUUAAAGGUUGUGUAAUUAAUAAGACAUCGACUGAAUGAGGAUUUUUUUAAAUGGUGUAUAAGCAUGGGACAAGGGCUUUUUUUUUUCUUUCGUAAGUGCUUUGAAAGUAACAGCCUUUAGAUUUCAGUUAUUUCACUUUUGAUAAUUUUAAGUAGCUCAUAUGUAACAAAGUGGUACCAUAGGAUUCUCUUUUUUCAAAGGACUUUUGUCAUAAUAGCAAAAUCAGUGGGCACUGACUCACCUUUUGAGUUUUAGCAGAGAAUUAUUUAUUUCUUUACAAUGCACUUUCUAACCCAUUUUUAGCUAUAUUAGCAUUAUCUUUUUUUAAAAUGCUUUUAAAUUUAAAUAUUGUGGGAUUUAAGUGUCUUUUCCAAAAUAGCUUAUUCCUUACUACAAGAAAAUGAGGGAAAUACCAUGAAUUAUUAGGAGACUUAAACCCAAUAUUUAAAUGCUGUUUUAUAACACUGCAUCAGUUUUAGGAGGUGCAUCUCGCCUGCUGGCUCUUUUAUAUUUGAGCAAGAUCAGUGUAUUUAGAAUAUGUGUUUAGAAAUGUGUCUGUUGUCUCAAUUUAGUAAGAAGGAGGUGCUACAUGUGCCUGAAUUAAAAUCAACCCAGACAUUUUUUCCAAGCCAAAUGCCGCCUUAGUGAUGAGAGAGAUUUAAUUCUACAUUGUCACAUUUUAGUUUAUAUGAUUUUUUAAUAAGGUUUUUUUUUGAAGAGCAUCUGCACUAUAUAAGUAUGGACUAGAACCUAAAAGAAUAGUCAAAAACUCACAAACACUUUGCUGUAUGUAUUUUAACAUUUUAGAAAACAAUAUAUUUGAAUAACUAAGGUAUAUAAUUUGAACAGGAAAAAUUUCCAUCAAGAGCACCUUGGAAAAUCACAACAGGUAGAAGACUAUGUUAAUAUGUUUGUAUCUUGGUAACAUCGUCUGUUAAUUUUGAGUUUUUGAAAGUUUUGAGGGAAAAGUCCUAUGGAAUCUAAUGUGAAGUAUUUAGUAGGCUAACUGGUAUUGAGUUGAAGCUUUUUACUGUUUUUAAGCAGAUAUCAUUUGAUGAAAUGUCAUUUACCUGCUGUCCUAAGAUGUUCAUACAUACACAAAUAAGGAGAAGAAUCCUACCAUAUAGAAAUAUUUAUUUUAAUAGAGUUUCAUUUAAGUCAUAAAACAGUGUUAAAACUCUUGGGAAGGUGGAGGGUUUCUCAUUUUUUAAAUUGAAACUGUCAUACAGUGUUUGACCAUCUGAAAUGGGAAUUGUAAUAGCACUAUUUUGAUGUAGCUCUACCAAUAUUAUGUGACAAUGCUAUUUAGUUUUACUAACAAGCUCUGGAAUACUUAGCAGUCAUUUUCACUGGCACAAGAGCUUUUUGUAUGUCAUUCAAUUUAAACUUUUAAACCAAAAACUUUAUGGUUUAGUGUCUUUGGCAAAAAGAUGCUGAAGGGAAUGUAACAUACAAUUAAUAUGUGGUUAUAUAUAAAAAGACAAAAAAUUGCCAUGUUAUGGUUCUGCCUUGAAACAGCACAAUGAAGUGUAUCAGUGUAUUCUGUGAUUCUUUAUGAAACUUACAUGUUGUGUUGUUCUGUGUCUGCCAUAGGGUGUCCUUUGGGCCAGAUGUGGCACAGUUAAAUGCAAUUAUCAUCUCAUGAAAUGCAGAUGCAGAUAAAAUGUCUUUAGUGCUGCAACAUUUUACCUACCUUUUGUAUGUUUUCUGACUGUGCGUUGUUUCCAAAGCUGUUCCUACCUCACCAUGAGGCUUUAUGGAUUGUUAUGUAUUAUAAAUGUUCUUUAUGAGACAGACUACUGUGUUUCUUCUCAUUUAUUAAAAGUUAAGUAGAAAAAUAAACUAAUUUUAAUAUUUA